GAGGAAGAGAAGGUCGAUGAAGACCCGUGUUUGGUCGCCAAAGCCGCAAAAAUCCAGCAAGCACAGUCAGAUGAUGACAUCAGAAGAGCAAAGCGCAAAUAUAGCGUCCUUAAGAGAAGGAUCUCUUCGAGCAGGUUGCAGAAAUACCAGAGUCAAUGGGUCCAGAGUCGUCGGGACUGGAAAAUCCUGACCAGGGGCCGCGAACGCCCGGAUCAUAUUGAGCAGAGUGCAGAAAAGCAGGCACUGUGCAAGCUCAUGCCCGAAUUAGGCCGUUUAGCGGCGGUCAUGUCAUCCAACGAGCCACUUUCUUUUGACGAAAAAGCCAGUGUGGUGAAGGAUCUCUUUACCCAAUGUCUUCGUGAUUUUGACGUGGUCUAUCGUCCGGGUGAGGAGCCUGUUGAAAAGCGAUGCCCCGUUGCCAGCUGUCCAUGGAAAAGCCCUUACGGAGCAGGCGCAUCCAUUCUUUAUUGCUGGGAAUGCUACACCUUCCAUGAUGGAAAGAGUGCUGAGUUUGAGGAGCAUUGUGCGGGACACCUCCCCUUGAUGACCAGCCAACACUACGAGGUGAUGGUGUAUCGCCAUACCACCAUCCGUGCCGGAUACUGUAUUGAAUGUAUGUGGGAUGACCGGCUUCCUGCGGCCUGCAGGAUGAGAGCUUUUGACCGAAGCCCAGAGCUGAGAGAGCAUCUUGAGGAGCAUGUUGAUCGGAAAUCAUGUCCAUCGGAAUGCGCUGACCCUUCCUGUAACCACAUUGCUACCGAGGAACAGGACUACCGCCGACACCUUCGCGAUGUGCACCAUUACCACAAAACCAUUUGUGUGCGAUCCAAGAAGGCCUGCAAGAAACGAUUGUCCUCGAUGCAGGACAAGGAGUCUACUUCAGACAGGGAUCAUUGUAUGCAGCGGAAACGCCCGCGCAAGCAAGGCAAAAAGCCUUCCGUACCAUCAUCUACUAGUACGAAAGAACUGAAGAUUACUUUCUGGGAACCCCACGCAAUGCGUCCGAAGGCUAUCACGUCUGUCCCUGCCCAGGAGAAAGAUAAGGAUUAA